AUGUUGACUCAAUCCUUGUCUCGCCGCGAAACUCCUUCGGGUUGUGUGCUCUUUUCCCUCUUUCUUUUGCUUACCUCUUCGCCUUCGCAGUUCGACCCCGACUUCCAAACACCUCUCAUUCUAGACGAGUCGCUGGACUUCUCGGAUCCUGAAGAGUCACGAUUUGCCGGCGCGUUUUCAGACGGCCUCCUGGCCAAGUCUGAGCCCUUGCUGUCUAUGUCGACUUUUCAGAAACCCCCGACAGCGACCUUGCUAGAUUACGAGUCUGCGCGAUCUCUGCAUAACGGUGCCUCUUAUUCUACCUAUGGCCAGACUCCUUAUGUGACCGCUACCUCGCUCGUCCCAUCCCCGAUGGCGGAUCAAGCCAGCCAAAUUUCUGAUUGUGGCCCAUACUUGCCCAAUCAGGAGUAUGCUAGCUCUUACGAGGAGAGCCGAUCUCCAAUGCUCGGUGGAGAAUCCCGUCAGCUGCCGGAGGUCAUCUCAUAUAAUCCUCAGAGAGGAUCAGAAGGGACACGCGUAUUUGUGCAAAUUCAGUGCCCACAUGAUCUUCACUCAUCUCCAUAUGCCACUCUCUACCUUGUCUUCGGGUCGAAGAAGUGUGAAUGUCUCCCACAUUUCCUCGGCUUGCAGGGAUCGUCCUUUCAGUAUGCUCUCUCCGUUGACACUCCCCCGUUCCUCGCCACGGGAUCCCCGUCCCUUGCCGUGCCCCUGCAAAUCGUAAUCGAUAGCCAUCAUGGUGGCUCUGUCACCACGCUGCAAGUAGGCGUUUACACAUAUGAGCAUACCUCGCAAAACUCACCCUCCGAUGAAUCGCGCAAGAGGAGGAUUUCUUCCUACUCGGAGAAUGUCACUUACAGGCCAAUCAGACGGGCUCCGGGACAGCCGGGAUAUGAAGAUGGUCGUACGACCUACUCACCCUACUUGCAGACGCUCCCCGGGAUGAACGGAUUCUUGCCUCCAUACCAUGCGAAUGCUUCCCCCAGGGUUGCGCCUACGCAAUAUUCUGCUGGAUCAACCGCACCACACUCGUCCAUUCGUGCACCUUCUCCGCUCACUCCUUCAUGGAGCCCGUCGAUUGUCAAUGUGACUGGCGAUUCAAGAGCCCCUGCCUACGCGAUCGCUCACAGCUUGCGUCAACACAAGUCAUCCUCUCCGGCAAGGCCAGCUAAUCCAACUCUUAUUCGGACGUCGACCUUGCAGCAGGCGAAUGGGUUAGGGCACGCGCAAUCAUUCAAUCCGUAUGCUAUGUACCCAUCAAAAGCCGUCCUCAAACUGAACGGGGACCUGGACUCUAUGACGGAGGGGUGGACAAAGGAAGAGCGCGAGGCCAAGCGGCGUCUGGUUCAAUUCACUCGCAUGCAGAACGGAAGCACGAUCCACGCCGACUUCAAGCCUGUCUCCCCGGAUGAGCGCGCCCCCAACAGUAUUUGUAUCAGCUGCAUCUACUGGGAAGGCAAAGACGAAUGCUUCGUCACAAGCGUGGACACCAUCUACCUUCUCGAAUCCCUCGUCGGUGUCCGUUUCACGGUGGAGGAGAAGAAUCGAAUCCGCAGGAAUUUGGAGGGCUUCCGACCCCUCACCGUCUCCAAAGCCAAAGCAGAUAGUGAAGACUUCUUCAAAGUUAUCAUGGGGUUCCCCGCCCCCAAACCUCGAAACAUUGAGAAGGAUGUGAAAGUCUUCCCUUGGAAAAUCCUCAGCCAUGCACUCAAGAAGAUCAUUGGCAAAUACUCUGCAAGUUACUCAUCAACCGCUGGGGCGCUGCCAACGCCAAUCAGUUCCACCUUUGCUGGCAACGGAGCAGCGUCGGAUUCGGGAACGGAGCCGUACGCUGCAGCUUCUCCCCAGUCGGUUUCAGACGCUGCUCCGUCCAGCAGCUACUGUCAUAGCAUUGCAACACCAGCCUACUCUCCGCCCGCUGGUUCCUCGGGUCCCCCAAUGAGGGGAACAUCUGAACUGCGAGCUGUGCUACCUGCUGUCACUCAACCGUAUCAUAGUAUGGCACCGGGAUACGCAUAUCCCGCUGUCUGCCAGCAGCAGGGCCAACUCUCAGCUCCUGUCAGUCGGCCGUCAUGGGAUCCCAACAGUCUUGCCCAUCACCCUUCGGCAAGUGCGGCCCCCAGUUAUAGCUAUCUAGCUCCUUUGCCUUACUCGUUACCCGAUCCUUCCCACGGGUGUUGA